AUGUCUGCCAUUCCGAAUGGCUGGCACACCACGGUUGCUCCUCAACAAAUAGACGUAACUCCCACAAAUGUGACCAAUAAUCCUUGGGUCAAUAUAACCCAUGAAAUGUAUCGAGAGUCACUGGACAUGGCAGACAGCGAACCACCCCAAGGACAACUCUCGGAAGAACUCUCCAGCGAUGAGGAGCGAGAAUUUAACGAGCGGUGGCCAAACGGUGCAUGUGAAGUGCUGCCCACGUCAAAGGUUACCGGCUUAUUGCUCUAUAAGCGUUCCUUCGGCUUCGUUUCUGAAACGACUGACUUCCAGAACAACGGUGGUAUGCAACAUCAGCCGGCUUUGUAUGCAGGCAGAUUCGUCAACGCAUCGCAAUCGCAUACAAGGCAUGAUGUCGUAACCGAAGAAUAUGAAAGUGAUCUCGCCGUUAUGGAGUUACAAUAUGGGUCUUUCGGUGUUCAAAAUGGCGCCGCGAUUGAUGAUUCCUCGCCCGAAGUUGUGUUUCAGUUUAAUAAUCACCCAGGCAUCCAAACGUCCAACGUCCUAUGGACAAAACAACUGCACAAUCACUUCCCCAUGUUUCACUGUGCUCCUGACUUUGGCAUGUCGGGACCUGCUAUCGAAGAAACCGAUCUAGCGAAACUGAUGCAAGCAAUGUCUCUUGCUGUGGCAAAUGGUAUCAAGGAAGGAGUACAGAGAGCACUGAAGGUGGUAGAUGCACAAAAGUCCAACAACAGGCCCGGUGGUGUUGUCAGCAAACAUCGCAACGUCGCUGGGGAAUCUGUGCAGAUGGAGCUUGAUGAGGACGAAUAUUUUGGAGACGCCGAUGAACGCAAAACUCUUACCGAACGGACGAAAAGUCGGAGAGGUCCGCGGGAUAACAACGCCCUCAAUGCACGAUUCAGACAGUAUCUUCGGAGUAAGGGUGUUCUACCCAUCGAUGGUGGUUUGCCAGUUGGUGCAUCGCCCUCUGUGGUCAAAGCCUUCAUUGAUGGAACUGGGGAUGGACCUGACAUUGCAAUGCCACUCGUCGAUUGGACCAGUGAGUUAAGUUCUCAGUGA